AGUUAUAGCGUCUGCUGCUGAUUAUUCUAUUUUGCUUAGUCGUUGUGGAAUUGUGGUGUUGUUGAGUUUAAUAUAUUGCUGAAAAUAUUGUCUAAUAAAUAUGAUUAUUAAUACCGGCAAAGUAUCUUUGCUUUAUGCUAAGCGCGCAGCAGGCGGUAUGCAGUAUAUGAAAAAAUAUACAGCAUUUCAACCUCUUCAUACCAGUGCUAAGGUGCUUAACUAUGCGGAGCCGGCCCCCGCUUUACCUCUUCCCCAUAAUGUUGACGCUGCCGAAACGACGCGCUUUUCCCCGCAACGCUCCAGGGAUAUAUCCGACAAUAUCAUGGUCAUGUCCCAUGCACCCAUAUCUACAAUCGAUAUAACCACUGACAACAGCAUGACCAUACCACAGGGCGGUUCAUCAUUGCAGGAUCCACAUGUGCAAUCAUACGAUUGCUUUGGCGCUGUCAGCCUCAAUGCGGUUAUGCAGAGCAAUGUGCCUACACCGUUUGGUGGCAUGCACAAGUUCUCUCAUCUCAAUAUGCCGGGUGGGCAAUGGUCGCAGGAGUACAAGUUCACUUCGCAGAACAUGCACAGCUCGCAUUAUCGAUCGCUGCGCGACAGCACUCGCGCUGAUUGGGUGACCUACGAUCAGAAUGCUACUGUCGCGGGCCAUAGCCAAGGCUUCCGGCGUUGCUACAGCACACAAGCAAAGCCAUCACAGCCAGCUACAUCAGCAGCAGAUCCCCCAGCAGCAGCAGUACCAACCUCAACGUCUGUGCCCGAAGAGCUGAGCAAGAAGGAGCAAUUGAAGAAAGUCUUUAAGGAAUACGGCGCAACCAUUGUAGUAUUCCAUGUGGGCAUUUCGUUACUCUCCCUAGGUGGCUUCUACGUGCUCGUCUCCAGCGGAAUAAAUAUGAUGCCCGUGAUGGAAUUCCUUGGAAUCGAGUCAUCUGUAUUUGCGGAAAAGAUAGCCGUAGGCAGCACCUUUGUCACAGCCUAUGCCGUUCACAAAGUCUUUGCACCACUUCGUAUUAGCAUCACGUUGGGCUCAGCACCAUUUAUUGUGCGUUUUCUGCGCUCCAAGGGAUUCCUAAAAUCGAAAAUUAAAAGCAAUUAAUGCCAUAUACGAAAGCAUAUCUCUAUAUUUUAUAUACAAAUUUUGUCAUAAAUGACGAGAACCAUUACAUUUUUGAU